AUGGCGCCCGCUAAGUGGACUGAGAAGGCCGAGCGAGACCUCCUUCUCGCCAUUCUCUGGAGCAAGGCUGGCAAGCAGCCUAGUGAAAUCGGCAAAGGCGUCGCGUGGAGCGACGUUGAAGACAAGAUGAGAGCUUGGGGCUAUGAAACUGCUACCUCGGGCGGCCUCAGGCUUGUGCCCUUCCUAUCGUUACACUAUCAACGCGCUUCCUUUACCAAAAUGGUCAUGGACGUUGAUAACUCUCCUUACACCGCCCUGCUGCACAAAGUCAAUACACCCAUCCCCUUAAUGAUCGUGACGACAGACUCUCACCAACGUGACAGUCAGCGCUGGGGCAAACACAUCGUGAAGAUCUUCGAUAGUGCCGCCACUGGCACCGGCGCCGCAGGCAGUAGCAGCAGCAACGCUGCCCAGUCUACCCCCCUGAAGCGAAAGACCAAGGCAGCGGCCGUCCAGAGCGAGGAUGGUGAGGAUGUAGAGGAUGAGGCGACUCCUGCUAAGAAGCCUCGCAAGACCGCUCCGAAGAAGUUGGCUAAGCAGCCCGCCACUGCCGCUGAGGAGGAGCUGGAGCUCGACGGUGAAGGCGAGAUAUAA